UCCUAGAAUGUAAACAAAUGUCAAUAUUCUUAUUUCAACACUUUUGAUUAAAUGAUUGAUAUUAAGCUGACUGAAACUGACUCUUUUGGAAGGAGACGCCUAGAGCACUGCCACACGAAGAUCAAUAGCAUGAAUCUGGCAACAUGUCGAGUUUGCUUGGGAAAAUCAAGGGGUAUGUUGAACAUAUUCAAAAGCAAGCUAGAAUCAGGAAUGACGAUAGCGGAUAUGCUAUGGGAGGCCACUGGCUAUCCCAAUAUUCCAGGAGAUUCUUAUCCAAAGACCAUUUGUGCAACUUGUCUGCAGGAUGGGCAAAAUGCCUUCGAUAUAAAGCAGACAUACGAGAGAAGUCACCAAUUCUUCUGUGAUUUUCAAAAGAUUUUGAUAGGAAAGGAGGAUUUAUCUGAGCUCAAAGUGAUGUCAGUCAAGGAUGAGAGAUUGAGUCCACCCUAGAUGAGUUCGAGUGCCAAGUGAAGAACGAGGUAAUUGAAGAAGACCCAUUGGAGAAUUCUGAUGUGAAUC